AAUUUCUUAAAAACAAUUACUUGAGAGUAGGGACUACUUUCCGAUCACAGCAAACAAAAGGUAUAAAUUCAAAUACUACUAAACAGUUCAAAGAAAACCAAUCAGAGUCCGCAGAAAGAUAGGGAAGAAUGAGCCAAAUUAGCCAACCGAAGCUAUCAGUGAAAAGUAGUGAGGAGACGACCGACCGAUUGGCCCAACCCAUUUAUCCCAAGCCGCUGCCUGAAGUUGAUAUAAGCUACAGGCUCGAUGAAAAUGAGUUCUCGAUGGUGGAGAAGGCGGCCCUUCGCAAUGCCUGGCGUCUUAUUGAGCCCUUCCAGCGGAGAUUUGGCAAGGAAAAUUUCUACAAAUUCCUGACGGAACACGAGACCCUCAUAAAUCACUUUAGGCGAGAUGGCAAAAUCAACAUGAGUAAACUUCAUGGGCAUGCGAUGUCAAUGAUGAAACUGAUGUCGAAGCUGGUACAAACAUUGGACAACACUUUGGCCUUUCGCUUGGCCUUGGAUGAAAGCCUUCCCCAACAUCUGAAGAGCGGCAUUGAUACCGACUACUUGAAGAUGCUGGCCACAGAGCUCAAGUGGUACAUUCUUGAGUCUUCUGUCAUCGAAAAUCACAACUCAUGUAGUUUAAAAAACGCACUGGAUCGUUUGGCUCAGAUCGUCGGGGAAUAUGUUAUAGUGGAUGAGGCCAGAAAGCGAGCCUUGUCGACUGCCCUCAGGACCACUUUGAGUGAACCCCCGAAUCGCGCGGUAAAGGUUGUUACAGACGAUUAGGCUGCCAACGAAAACACUUCCGAUCCUAUAAGUAUGCUAUGGAAGCCCCAGUGAAGCAAAAUAAAAUUUCCAUGUAAAUUUA